AAGUGGGGCUCAUGAACCGCGCCGUGCAGCUGCUCAUCCUGGCCUACGUCAUCGGGUGGGUUUUUGUAUGGGAAAAGGGCUACCAGGAAAUGGACUCUGUGGUCAGCUCAGUUACUACCAAGGUCAAAGGUGUGGCUGUGACCAACACUUCUAAACUUGGAUUCCGGAUCUGGGAUGUGGCGGACUAUGUGAUUCCAGCUCAGGAGGAAAACUCCCUCUUUGUCAUGACCAACAUGAUAAUCACCAUGAACCAGACCCAAAGCACCUGUCCUGAGAUUCCUGAUAAGACCACCUUGUGCAUAUCAGAUGACAACUGCAGUGCCGGCUCUGCAGGCCCCUAUAGCAACGGAGUCGAAACUGGGAAAUGUGUGCCGUUCAAUGGCUCCGUAAAGACAUGUGAGGUGGCAGCCUGGUGUCCAGUGGAGGAUGAUGCCCAUAUGCCAAAACCUGCUUUUUUAAAGGCUGCAGAAAACUUCACUCUUUUGGUAAAGAACAACAUCUGGUAUCCCAAGUUUAAUUUCAGCAAGAGGAAUAUCCUUCCCAAUAUUACCACCACUUACCUCAAAUCAUGCAUCUAUGACACUCACACGGAUCCCUUCUGCCCCAUAUUCCGUCUUGGCAAAAUAGUGGAGAAUGCAGGACACAACUUCCAGGAGAUGGCUGUGGAGGGAGGUAUCAUGGGCAUCCAGGUGAACUGGGACUGCAACCUAGACAGAGCCGCCUCCCUCUGCCUGCCCAGCUAUUCAUUCCGGCGCCUUGACACUCGGGACCCUGACCACAAUGUAUCUCCCGGCUACAAUUUCAGAUUUGCCAAGUACUACAGGGACCCUGCUGGCAAAGAGCAGCGCACACUCACCAAGGCGUAUGGCAUCCGCUUCGACAUCAUCGUGUUUGGAAAGGCCGGGAAAUUUGACAUCAUCCCUACCAUGAUCAACAUUGGCUCUGGCUUGGCACUUCUGGGCGUGGCAACAGUGCUGUGUGACAUCAUAGUCCUCUACUGCAUGAAGAAAAGAUACUACUAUCGGGAGAAGAAAUACAAGUUUGUGGAAGAUUGUGAGCAGGGUCUUGCUGGUGAGAUGGACCAGUGAUGCUCACCCCACACCUAGGCUCCUCACAGACCUCAUCGAGCACAGUGAGAUGAAGGGAGAAACGGCUGCUAUGUUGCUAUGUUGCCUCACAGGAAGUUCCAGAUUCUGAGUCAGUUUCCAUUCCACGAAUACUCAGCAUUGCCCACCAGCUCCUGUGGGUUGUUUUGUCUUGUUUUUUGAGACAGGGUCUCAAUAUGUAGCCCAUGCUGGUCUUGAACUCGAGGUCCUCCUGCCUCAGCCUCCUGAGUACUAAGAGUAUAGGUGGGCAUCACAACAUCUGUUUUCCAUGUUGGUUUUUGUCCACUGAACACAGUGAACUGCCAGUUUCUAUAAUGUGGGGGUGUUGGGGUGAGUGGCUGGCAGAAGGAAAGCUAUGGCUUACAGGGCUGGGCCUCUCCAGGGCCUCCAGUUUGGCUUUCCUCAGAAGCUACAGUCUUCAGCCCCCUCAGAAUAGGUCUACUCCUCCAAGGCACGGCAGCCCUGUUCAAGCACUUUAUAAGGGAAGGAAAACCUCCCAGUUGUGAUUACCAGCCUCUUAGCUGGCCUAGGCUGCUGUUCCUCUUCCCUUCAACCAGGUACUCUGUCCUUAGAAUCAUGAGGCUGAGUUAGCAGUUCUCCUUUGAAAAGAGGUAUGUUGAGAUGCACAUUUUUGUUUUCCUUUGGUGGUACUGGGGUUUGAACUCAGGGCCAUAGCUUGCCAGGCAAGUGCUCUACCACUUGAGACACACCCCUAAGCCUAAGAGUUAUGUUGAGAUUGAGGACCAAACAUUAAAACAAACAAUUUUCUUAUUCCUUGUCUGUGUUAUCUCAUAGCAUAUGCUCAAUCAAACUUUCCUUCCUUCUCUUUUAUCAAAGUUAUCAACAGAAUGGAGUCACUUAUGCCAAAUCCUAUCAAAAUAGCCAAGAAGCCAUGAAGGGGUAGGGGGAGGUCUUCAUGUCUGCCUGCCUGAUAAGCAGCAAUAGAAAAGAUUCUGCCAAAACCAUAAUGUGUAGUGAAGGUCACUUCCAGGAACAGGCGGCCCCAGCCACAACCCUUCUAGGAGACCUGGCAACAGCCCGUUGAAGGCCACAGCCUGCCAUAAGCUGCAACCAAAGAACCUUUGUUUUGAAACAACCAGCAUGUACUUCCUCCUUUUUGCUUUCAGUUGCCCUGGCCUUGGCCUCCCUGGAUGUGCACCACAAUCCCUGUCACCUCUGAAUAACGCCUUCUUUAGGUUAACAGCUUCCACCAGUAAAGCCCCGUGCUGUCCAGCUCAGUGUGCUCAGGUCUCCAAAAC